AUGUCCUCGAUCAAUCUCGUGGAUCUGACCAGCCAGAUUGAGGCUACUGUAGCCUCUACAACAGACCUCCAGGAGAAUGAGGCAGACCGGAAGCGUCUCCUCCAAGCCUGUGAUCAACUCCGGAAGGAGUUGAAAUCCCCGUUUGAAUUCACCUUGCGAACAGUCUUUGCGAAAGCUGGAAGUACUUCUCACUUACGUGGUUAUAUGCCGCAAGGUUAUGCAUCCAUAGCAGUGCGAUUAGCCAUUGAUAUGAACCUCUUCAAUGCCGUAGCCCAGCAUUCCGAGUCCUCCAGCGAAGGGACAGUGACUCUAUCGCAGCUGGCUGAGACAACCAAAACCGAUCCUCUUCUCGUGUCACGCAUCAUGCGAUUUCUAUCCGCACUAGGAAUUUUCAACCAAAUUGAGCAAGAUGUAUACGCUUCAACCCCGCUGGCAGCUGCUUACAUCUCAAGCUCACCUCUCUCCGCGGCCGUGAUCCAUGUCACGCACUUCUUCAUGGUACUCUCUCAACUCCCAGCCUACUUCCAUGGAAAAGGCUGGCAGAACCCGAACAACGUCCUCGACGGCCCCUUCCAAUACGCCACCGGGACGAAAUCGCACUACUUCGAUUUCCUGGCCGGAGAGCCCUACUACCAGCAAGCGUUCAACACGGUGAUGAUAAUCUCGCAUCGUCGCCAGGGCCAAAACUGGUUCGACUUUUUCCCGGUAGAGGAGAAACUGGGCGGGGUGACCAACGAUUCCGACGCCCUACUGGUGGACGUGGGCGGCAGCCAGGGCGGCGAUAUCAUCGCGUUCCAGAAACAGUUCCCUCACGUCCGUGGCCGUCUCGUGCUGCAGGACUUACCGAUUGUGAUCGAGGCGAUUCAGGAAAAGGAGUUCCCCGCCGGGAUUGAGGCGCAAGGGUAUGACUUUUUCGACGAGCAGCCUGUGAAAGGGGCGCGGGCUUACAACCUCCGCACGGUGCUGCACGACUGGCCUGAUGCGCAGGCCCGACAGAUCUUGGCCCGCCUCCGGGAGGCGAUGGCGCCUGACUCGCUGCUGCUCAUCAAUGAGACCUUGCUGCCUGAAUCGAAGAUCGCCCUGUCCUCUGCCCAGGCUGACUUAACGAUGAUGGUCUCCUUUGCCCCGUUGGAGCGGACAAAGGCUCAGUUUGAGCGCCUGCUAAAUGAGUCUGGGUUUGACCUCGUUAAUGUCUGGAUGCCGCAGGGGUUUACGGCGAGUUCGGCGGAGCUCGCGUCGCAGGCGACCUUGCUGGAAGCAAGGCUGAAAGGUUCGUCGGAAUGA